CAAAUCUCGAGAGUCAUGGCACUGUAAGCAUUCGGGUGUAACAAGAUAUGUGGCACAUUGUUUGCAAUGGCAAUGUUUGGUGCUGCGCAAUCUCGCAUCGACAGGGAGCGUGAUGAUUUUAAAGAGACCAUACGCAAUCGCGAAGACGACAUCCGCCGGCUCGCCUCCUCCCAUCAUGACGAGGCCUUACCUUGCGCAUUCUUUCAGCCGUCUAAGCACGACAACUAUAUAGCACGCGGGUCUUUCAAUAUCUGCUUCUUUGUCCAAUUCUGCUCUGGUGAGAGGUGGGUUGUUCAAAUACCCCUACGACCAUGCCUGGCAAUCUCACUACAGAGCAAAGUAGACAGUGAGGUUGCGACUAUGUCCCUCAUUGCAGAAAGGACAAGCAUUCCCAUCCCCAGGGUUCUCGCGUACUCAUGCAAUGAGACAGCCGACCCAUUGUCAACAUUUAUUAUCAUGGAAUAUGUUGGAGGCGAAAAGCUCUCGGCAGAACGAUUAAAGCACGCGACGGAAACACAGAAGAAGAAUCUCUACACAUCCCUCGCCAGCGUCUACAUACAGCUCCGGCGGCUGGAAUUUCCCGCUAUAGGUCGACUUGCCCGAUGUACCAAAGGGGAGUUUGAGGUUUCGAAUCAAGCUUUGACUGUGGACACGAAUGGUCUUCAGCUUGAGGGUUUGAACUCAUUUGCCACGCAAUCAUCUUAUCAUGACAAGAGGGAUGUGUUGAUAUCAGCAAAUGAAUAUAUAGCCAUGAGGCUACAAAUCAGCUGGAAUGCAUUCCUGAAAAGUCGGACCAGUAUUGAACACGGCAUGGGCGCUAAUGUUCUCUAUCAUCAACACCUUUUCCAUCAACACGCGAAGAAAUGGGCAAAUCCAACCCUCGACCUAGGUCCAUUCGUCCUGGUCCACGGAGAUCUAGGGCCCCAGAACCUCAUGGUCGACGACGGCCUGAGAAUCACCGCCGUAAUUGAUUGGGAAUGGAGUCGUGUGGUGCCCAUUCAGUUCUUCACUCCCCCGUUAUGGCUCACCUGUCGAGAUACGGUUUCCCUUUCUGCACCCAGCACAUACAAACUCUACCUGAUGAAGGGAUUGUCAGAUUUCCUCCGUGUUGUUGAAGCCCGGGAGCUGGAUAUGUUUCAAGAUGACUUGCUCUUCAGAGAGUGGAACACUCGAAAGGAAGACGGCAGGCCCCUUGUGGCCAAUGCUUUAGAGAAUUGGACCGAUAUUGACUGGUUCGCCUCUCGGUAUUUAAGCCAGGGGAAGGAUGAUGACGUGGACAAACAUGUCAAGGCCUUCAUCGAGGCUGAUCCAAUCCGUGGGUCUAUUGUUCGAAUGAAGGAGGACGAUGCUGUCGCAUAUGAGGCGGAGCUCCAGCAGCUCAAGGAUGACGAGCCUAGAUACGAUUCGAGCAGCGAAAGCCAGAGUAUUGCGGGCAAACUUCUACGCUAUCGGACUGGUAUUUCAAGCAUGGCCGCUGCUUUUCUGCCAUCAAAGCACACUAAAUUGUGGACGGUACAAAGCACACCUAUGGUUGCAGUGGCAAGUGUGGUUGUUCUUGGUGGACUCUUAAUAGGAAAACGGAUGGUGGCUGCCCCCAAUCUUCUAGCUCGCUAA